AUGCUUAUCCGAACUGUUUCUCCAUUCCUGCUGAUGCUGUUGCUGUGGACCGGGAACGCGUCGGGUGCAAAGGGAGCAAGGGUGUCCAGGAGAUUGGCACGGACUCGACCGUGUCUCGAUUUACCAGAGGAGAUACUGGAGCAAAUGUUCGGACGGCUUUCGGUCGGGGUCCUCAGUGCAUUCCACCAUACGCUACAACUUGCACCGCUUGAGCGACAAAAUCUGACGUGCCCCUCCGCAGGGCGCCUGGCCUCUGACAGAAAGUCCCGCACUCCCGUGAAUUUUCUCAGCCUUUCACCAUGGGCAUACAGAAUCUCCCAUGAUCCUGCGAGGUACCCCCGGUUCAUCCCAGAGGCGUACUGCCUGUGUAAGGGAUGCCUGACUGGACCAAACGGGGAAGAGAGUGACCAAUAUCGAAGCACCCCGGUCUAUAUCCCCACGGUUAUUAUGCGCCGCACAGGUACCUGCGUCGGUGGCCGUCACUCCUAUAUCGAGAGCUACGUGUCCGUACCAGUGGGGUGCACAUGUGUGCCACUCCUUGAGAAGGAUAAGAAUGCACAGAUCAGGAGCCAGAGCACGAACCGGGCUAGGCCCAAAUCUGGCACAAAAGAAAAGCAUGGCCAAAAAUAA